UUAUUUGUCAAUUGAUUUGUUUAGAAGACGUGAACGUGAAGUGUGAUGUGUUGAAAUUAUUGACCUAAGAAUUUUUAAUUACGGAGUAUUUCAUAUAAGGGCUGCAACCUGCAUAAGUUUAUAUGAUUUAAAUCAAAGAAGUUCUUACCUUUGCUUUGGAAAAUAUAUGAGUGGCAAAGAUGCUACAACGGGCGGUGUGUAUGUAAAAUGACUGAGGCGAAACCCGAUGUAGACAAAUGCAUCGAGUUUGAUUCUAUUUUACCUGAUUCAGGGAUUUUGUUUUACGAAGAAUGCCCAUCCGAGUAUGAAAUUGAGAAACCUGUACUGUUACCAUUGAAAUCUGCGACGCAAAUACGUUUUGAGCAGCUACAACACGAAGCAGUGCAAGCGUGGAAGGAAAAACAAAAAACAGCAAAAAGCAACGAAUAACAUAUUCAUACGUAUUCAUAUGUGAAGUGUCAUAAUAAAUACCAGAAAUGGCUUACGCAUUGUUCAUAAUAGAAAUGAUUACAGCGUUCGUCCUAGCGGCUACUUUGUUAUACCGCUAUGGGGAUUGUUACAGAAACCAUAUACUGGUUACUUUAUCUGUUCUUACAGCAUGGUAUUUCUCUUUUGUUAUUAUGUUUAUUUUACCGUUGGAUAUUUCUUCAACUGUCUACCGCCAAUGCCUAGAUAGUGCACACUCAACACCGACAACAUCUCUACAGAGUAAUAUAAGUAAUGUUACAACCACAGAGGCACCGCCGGAAAAUCACUGUCAGAAACCAUGGAGCUUUGUGCCUGACAUUGUAUUCCCUAACUUAUGGAGAGUGGUGUACUGGACGUCACAGUGUUUGACAUGGCUCAUAAUGCCAAUGAUGCAAUCAUACAGCAAAGCAGGUGACUUUACUGUUAAAGGGAAACUGAAGUCAGCUUUAGUUGAUAAUGCCAUUUACUAUGGCUCCUACUUAUUCAUUUGUGGCAUACUCCUAAUAUACAUUGCACUCAAGCCUGGAGUAUACUUGGAUGGACCAAAAAUAAAAGCCAUAGCAUCAUCAGCUAGCAACACAUGGGGUUUAUUCCUAUUGAUCCUUCUUCUUGGUUAUGCUCUAGUUGAAGUACCAAGAAAUCUGUGGAACAACUCUAAGAAAAAUUAUACUUUAACAUACAGUUACUUUAAAGUAGCAAAACUAAGUACAGACAAAUGUGAGGCUGAAGAAACUGUUGAUGAAAUAAUUGAGACGUUGAACUCAGUGACGGCAGCAGUGGGGCCUGGGCACCCUCUCCACAGACACGUAGAGACUAUAGUACAGAAACUGCCCAUACAGCUGAGAGAUAAGCUGAACUCGCGGGCGCCACCCGAACGACCCACGGCACCGUCAUUCAAAAGUCUUGUCAAUUUACAUAAAAAAACAAUCAAAGCGUUGCACGUGUUACAACGCACGGAGACGCAGUGGGGGUUGAUGUUGGAGCGCAUCUUCCACCUGGAAGACGUGGCGUCCAACGCGCGCUCGCCCGACCAGCGCUUCCAGCACACGUUCCACACGCCGCGCCCGAGGCUGCAGCGACUACUGUACCCGCCGCUUGUUGAAUGGUACUGGGAGUGCUUCCUGAAGCAAUACUUCCUGAAGGCGAUGGCUGUGGUGACGUGCAUACUGUCUGUGGCAGUGGUGUGGUCCGAGCUUACGUUCUUCUGCAAGAAGCCCGUACUGUCCAUAUUUGCCAACAUCAUCAACGCUUCAAAGGAUACGUACAACUAUGCUGCGAUUGUUUCAAUAUCAACGCUAGUGAUCGCGUAUAUGUUCUACUGCGCGUACUCCACCGUGCUCAAGAUCCGGCUGCUGAACCUGUACUACCUGGCGCCGCACCACCAGACCAACGAGUACAGCCUCAUCUUCUCCGGCAUGAUGGUGUGCCGCCUCACGCCCGCCAUGUGCCUCAACUUCCUCAGCCUCGUGCACAUGGACUCGCACGUCAUCAAGGAGAGGGUCAGGGAGACCUUUUACACACAGAUAAUGGGUCAUAUGGAUGUACUGGGCAUAAUCGCGGAGGGAUUCAACAUCUACUUCCCAAUGCUGGUGGUGAUACUCUGCCUGGCCACGUACCUCUCGCUGGGCAGCCGGCUGCUGUCGCUGUGCGGUUUCCAGCAGUUCGUGGGCGACGACGAGCUCACCACCGACUUAGUGGACGAGGGCAGGGAGAUUAUGAAGCGAGAAAAGCGUAAAAGACAACGCGCCGAGGAGUCGUUGGCGCGGCGCCGCGACUACAGCGAGCGAUUCGCGAACUACAGAGCGGACAGAGACAAUCGAGACGGAGCCCGCACCGGGCUCCUCAACGACGUCGACUCAGACUACUACGUCACGCCCAACGAGCCCAGCUACAAGCAGCCCGAGCUCAGCAUAGAGGACGAGCUCGACCAGCGCUUCGGGGAGAGCACCCUGCCGACCGUCCGCACCGAGUUCGACGGUAGGCGACGGGAGAAAAUGACCAUGCCGCCUAGAGGACUGUUCGAUGACGUAUAAGACUCAUUUGUGUUUUAAAUAGCAUGGGUACGGUGACAGCCGCCCGUAUGACGUUCAUAAUACGUACUAUUAUAGUGAAUCGCGGCAAACUUUCAAGAGUGAAACGAACUGUAAAGAACAUUGUUUUCCAAUUUCACUGUUGCAGUCAUUGGCAGCCAAUUUUUGCUACUUACUUAGGAAAGCUGAUGACUUGUUAUUGUCUCCAGUUUUCAAUUUCAUUAUCUGUCAGUAAUUGAUCUGUAAGUUGCUUAGAAAUAUUAUCAUUUUAUCUAAUAGUAAUAUUGUAUGGACUGUUUUGUGAGUAAAGUCCGGACGGGGUAACAUGAGAGAGAAAGACAAAAUAACGAGGCAAUUGUAAUUGAAUAUGUUUGUCAGGAACGCAAUCUCUGAGCGUCCGGACUUUAAUCAACGUUUCUAAUCAAUUUACCUACAGACGGAUAAUUUAUUGCUGUGAGCGUUAGGGUUACUUAGCGGCAGCUGCUAUCGAAACGUCGCUGACUGCAGUGGACUGCGGUCGUCGGUAGAGUGCCGCUCGUGUAAAUGAACCCUUAGGCUGCUAGAGCUAGAGCGGAGCAAGGGAGUGUAGCGGAGAAACAGACUAAUGCGGAGCGGAGUUGCGUACUGUCUGUCCACCGGAGCGGAGCGAGGGAGCGGAUCGGAGUUGCAGACUAUGUUAAAUAAAUAAAUGUCAAAUUUAAUUUAUUUAUCCCCGCUCCAUUUCCCCGCUCCGCUUACCGGUUUUAUAUGAUUUUUUAACUUGAGAGGAGCGGAUAUUUUGUGCAAUCCUAUUGGAUAAAUUUCUCCGUUUCUCGGCUCCGCUGCCUCGCUCCGCUUCGAUGGACUGGCAGCCUUAAGGUCCCAUUUUUGUGAGGGUAUACUGAUUUCGCUAAAUUAUUAUAAAAAAUUAAAAGAAUGACUUUUAUUGGGAACACAGUGAAAUUUUAUAAAAAAUUAUAAAUGUAUUAACGAUAAUAUAAUUAUACAGUCUGUCUCAUGUGCAGAAUUCAAUACUGAUAUCUAGAACAAUUCUUUACUUUAAGUUUUAAUUUAUUAACUAUACUUAAGUCAUAUUCGAUGUGCACUGUUUACCAACAAAAAAAUUAAAAAUGAGGGUAUAAAUCGCUAGACAUUUCAUACCUAAUAAUAAUUAAUAUUAAAUUGUUCUAUAAUUAAUAAAUUAAAUUGUUCUAUAAUAAGUAAUAAGCUUAAAGCAAUUAGAUUAUAGUUAAUAUAUUUUGAAUGACAUUUUAUAAAAAUACAAUACAUAUUUAAAAUAAAUAAGUUAUGAAAUGAUAUGCUUCAUUUGUAAUUUGUUUGUUGGUAAAAAGUACGCAUCGAGUAUGGCCCCAGUAUAGAAACACUAUUUAAAUCAAAAGUCACUUUAAGUGUUACCAUAGUUACUUGUAGCUUAUAAAAUGUGUUGCUAGAUAGUUUAGUAAAGAGCAAUCCUAUUGGAUAAUAUUAAAAAAGUAAUAGGCUUGCAUUGACAUUUGCAAGUAUGAAAGAAAUCAUAUCGCCUUUUCCUCACAGAAAAUAAUAAAGAAUAAAAAAGAAAACACAUGCUUUAUCUUUAGUGUUGUACAUCGUUUGCGAUUUCAUAUAUCAAUUUGAUAUCACAUUAUGUGAUAGUUAAAGGAGCUCGAACUAUUAUAAUCUAUACAUAAUGUAUUAUACAGAGGUAAAGUUUGUGAGUUUGUAUCUCUGGAUCUUAUGAACCCCUGAAUCGCUACCCGACCCCACGAAUUUGCCAAGCUGUAUAAUACCUGGCAAUAAAAAAAUAUCAAUCAAUAUAGUACGAGACCCUAUACCCUCAUCUGUUAUAUCAUUUCGAGAAAGAAAAUAUUCACGAUGACACAUUGUAGCUAUUUAUUAAGAAUUAUCCCGAAUUUGCAAAAUAAUUAAAAGAAUAAAGAGGGUAUAUUUCAAAUGCCAGAUCUUAGACCAAUAUGGAAAAUAAAGAAUAAUGUUUGACCUUAAUUCGGUUGAUAGGCAUAUUCCCUACAUACUUAUUCAUUAGUACAUUACAUUAACGCAAGAAUAGUGUAAAUAAAUACCCUCAACCACAUUUAAUAGUGUAUUAUACUUUGAUAUCUACCUACUAUAUUUUAAUAUACAGGGUGCUCGGGAGUAUUUCCCAUAACUCUAGGAUUAUAUUCUCUAAGGAAAAUUAAUUAAAAAUGUCUAUGAAACAUGUGUUCUAAAAUAAAUAGUUUUGGAGUGAUACUUAUGAGAAAUAUUUCUUUUGUAAAUAAAUCUUAAAUUAUGUUCCUACUAGCGGACGCCUGCGACUUCGUCCGCGUGGAAUUUAGUUUUUCAAAAAUUCUUUUUUUCCGGGACCAUUUUUCCGGGAUAAAAAGUAGCCUAUAUGUUAAUACAUGCUAUAAUAUAUCUGAAUACCAAAUUUCAGCUUAUUCGGUUUAGUAGUCAAGGCGUGAAAGAGUAACAAACAUUCAUACCAUCAAAAUGAUAAGUUUUCGCAAAUCUCGGGAAACCAUGGAUUUUUUCGGGAUAAAAAGUAGCUGUAGAUGUGUUAAUCCAGAGUCAAAUCUAUUUCCAUUCCAAAUUUCAGCCAAAUCGCUUCAGUAGUAGCGGCGUUAGAGUAACAAACAUCCUAACAUUCAUACAAACUUUCGCGUUUAUAAUAUUAGUAGGAUUUCCAUCCAUCCAUUCCAUCCUUUUAUUAUGACCUAGUAAAACUUAUUCAUUGAUAAAUAUCAUGAAGUAGCUUACUAAUGAAGUGCGGAGUGCAUGUAGCAAUGUCUCGUCAAUAUCGACAGUCUUACCACUACGAUUACGUGUUUUAAAAUGCAAGAAUAGAUAAAGGCGUGUGUUACAUUAUUUGAAUUACUUUGUAUGAAAAAAUUAAAAGGUUUUUUUAGUUAAAAAAAAAUUUGUUAAGCAGUUCGGCUCCUAUAAACGGACGUGUUAACACCUUGAAGUUAUGGGAAAUACUCCCGAACACCCUGUAUAUCGCAGUUGUGUUUUAGACAUUGUAGAGAUAAUUUACAUAAAAUUUUAGAACAGCUCAUAACAUUUUAGAUACAAAAUAAAGCGUGUAAUUAUGUGCGGCCUUAAUAAUUUUGAGUACCUAUGUAAUGAAAUUGUAAUUAAAUUGCCUAGAAGUCUAACUAGAACUAUAGUAGAAUAAAUUAGUUGUGUAUAACUUCACGAUAUAGUAUGAUGUGUAUAUUAAAUAAAUCAUAGUCACUUAACACUUGCAUAAUUAUAGUUAGGAUAAGAUUUAAUAUAUUUUAUGUGUGUAAAAGACUCAAGUGAUUUUAUUUGUACAAAGUAUUAAUUAUGUUUAGCACCUUCGUCCAUUUGUUUUUGUUACCUAGUUAAUUAUUGUGAUUAUGUUAAUAGUGUUGAUUAAUGUACAGUUUAUUUAAUUACAUGAAAUCUAGUAAGCGUCACAUUAUCAGCAGAAUUAAUAUUUUUAGUAAAUUCUUUGCUUAUGUGUUAUUUAGUAUUUGACAUUUGUAAAAUAAAAAUACGUGGUGCAUUUAAAUAUAUUUUAGUUGGAAUUUUUGUUUAUCUUCAUUUUACCUACAUACAUAUUAAUAUAAUCUAUUUUAUAAAUGAAUGAAGUGUCGCAUUUGUCACUCUGACACUACAAAAGCAAAGUGUAUGUAUGUGUUGAGAUGCCAGGUAAAAAUAAUUAAAUAUUAUUUAUUGAAUACUCUACUAGGGUCUUUAUUAGGUAUGCGAUAGGUACAUAUCAUCGAGUACCUACUAUAGACCAAUCAGUCAGGGUCUGGCUGACAUCUAAAAUAUUCGUAAUUUUAAUGUCAUUUUCUGUAUGACGUCACGUAUUUUGCUUCCUAAACUACAAGUAAAUAUGAUUUAAAUGAGUUUUAGGUAUAUGACAUAAAUAAAGUACUUGUGUUAGAUGCACAGUGUGAUAUCUAUGUGUAAUGUGUAUAUAUAAUGUACCCCCGUUAGUCGCUGCUAGGCUAUUUUGUAACGAUGUUUUUAUAACUCGCUAGUGCGAGUUUCGAAUUUACCUCUUUCUCUCUCUCUGUCUAACACGAUACUAUAGAAUGGGAAAAACAGAGGUGAAUUCGAAACUUGCACUUGCGAGCUAUACUACACAUCGUGACAGAAUAGCCCUGCUAGACUUAGAUCCAUCGAUCUCCUAUUAAAAAGUGGAUGCACAAUCAGCGACCUAAAAACGUCCCUACUCAAUGAGUGCUAAACACAACUUCUUGGCACUCAAUUCACAUAGUCGCAUUUGCAGAUUCAACCUUAAAGUCAAUCCGUAAGAUUGAAUUUGCUCUGUAAUCGGAAUUUUAUUGAAUAUAUAAUUUUCUUUAAGUACCAAUAAUUCUAACUAUAAAAGCAAAAUUGGCCAGUUUUUAAAUGAAAUUGUCUAAUGAUUUUAAACUUAUUUCGUGGUUGUUCAUUAUGAAUGUUAUUUAAACGGGUACAUACCACGAUAAAACGACGAGAUUUUUAUUGUCGAUAUUUCGACCCAGUUGCAUGGAUCGUGGUCACGACGGGACUGAAGUUGCGAGAUGAGAAGUGAAGUCAGCUGUUAGGGGCAAAAUCGAUCUACCCUCUUUCUUGUUCUUUUUCUUUUUUCAACGACCUCGCGUUUUUGGCUGUUUAGGCAAACCACACUCACGACAUCGCUUUUGUUAUUAUGCGUGUCGCGGCGCCCUCUUGGUUUGCACAAUUCUACCACCGGG